AUGAGCGCCGCUCCUGAGUUGAGCAACGUUCAGCUUGGUCUUCACGUAAAGUACGAUGCCAGAGAAAGAUUGCAGGUGCAUAAUGUCGAUUACUCAAGUAUCGCUGCUGUUCAUCUCCGUCCUGGCGAUAUAAUACGAGAGGUGGAUGACAAACCGGUAGCCAGCAAAACAAUGUUGAAAUACUAUGUCACAGAAAGUAUGCUGAAAAAUCGACGCAUAUGUUUCCUCAUUGAGUGUCCUGCCGGAGAGGCAUACCGCGAGAGUUGCGACAUGGCACCUGAUGUUACGGAGAUUGCCCUCAAACAGGUAAAUCAAAUGACUAAUUAA